AGUACAGCGGGGGCGGGAAGGGGUCGGGGUCGGGGAUUGGGAGCUGUCCCCGGAAAGAAGAAACUUCUCCCUUUGCUGCCUCCGCGGGUUUAAGGCCCCUGGGCCCGGGGAAUUGGGUCCCGGGGCCCGCCCUGGGAGUGGGACUUUCUUCUCUCCCUCUGGGACGGAAACUUUUAACUACAGUGACUUGGAGUGAGAGGCGUGAUUUAGGGAAGUGAGAGUUUAGGGGGAAAAUCUCGAGGGCCAAGUCUUGUGAUCAGCCGGGGUGGGGGUGGGGGGGCGCCAGUUCUGGAUCUCCGGGGCCCUCCCCCGCUCCCAGCGGACAUACCGCCGAGCACUUCUAUAGACUCCCCUCUGCCCAGGGUUGGCACUCAGAUCUGCCAGAACGGUUACACUGUGGGGACCCCACCUCCACCACCCAGGACCUUGUCUUGUUUCAGACCUCUUCGCCCCAUGGCGACCCUCCUGCUCCUGGCAGGGCUCCUGCCGGCGGCUGCCGCCAUCUCCUGCUAUGGAGACGCUGGACAGCCCGUGGACUGGUUCGUGACCUACAAGCUACCUGCCCUGACUGAUUCUUUGAAAGGACUCAACUACAUGUACCUGGAUGGGAAUAGUGGGGGCUGGCAAGAGGGUGCCACAUCCAUCGACAGCACCCAGGGCGCUGUGGGGCGGACCAUGAAUCAACUGUACCAAGGCAACUUGAGUGAGCUGGCUUACCUACUGUACAAUGACCAGCCACCCUCAGGUAAUGAAGACCCUGACACCAUCUACCGAGGACACACCAAGGGUGUGCUUCUCCUGAACAGAGAUAGUGGCAUCUGGCUGGUCCACAGUGUCCCUCACUUCCCACCACAUGCUAACUCAUCCUAUGGCUGGCCCCAAACUGCCCAGACCUAUGGACAGACCCUACUCUGUGUCACCUUCGCCUAUAGCCAGUUCCAAGAGAUUGGCAAACAGCUGACCUAUACCUAUCCGCAGGUCUAUGACUACAGGCUAGAAGGAUCCUUUGCCCAGGACCUGCCAGAGCUAAAACAAGCUGCCCAAGGUCACCAUGUGGGCCAGGGCCCCUGGAAUCGAAGUGUUGCUCUCACCUCAAGAGCUGGGCUUGUCUUCCAGAGCUUUGCCAAGUUUGAUGACUUCCAAGAAGACCUAUACUCCGGCUGGCUGACCACAGCUCUGGGCAGUGACCUGUUUGUCCAGUUCUGGCCCAGAACAAGUAAGGUGCUGCCUUCCAGCUGCUCUGGCCCCUUCCAUGUAUUAAAUGUGGUAGAGCUGGCCUUCCCUGACUCAACUGUGCCUCCCUUCAGUGCCACCCAUGACCAUGCCAAGUGGUGUGUGACUCUCAAUAGCACCUGGACGUGCAUAGGGGACCUGAACCGCAACUAUGCAGAGGAACAUCGUGGUGGGGGGACUCUCUGUUCCCAAAUGCCUGCCCUGUGGAAAGCCUUCUGGCCCCUGGUGAGAAAAUUUGAGCAUUGUCCAUCAAUAAGGCCUGAGGUCAAGGAUCAUUGAGGGCAGAGGGCAGGGGGAAACCUGGCCCAACUCCGCUCAGAAUAGUCUACCUCCUCUUGCUCCCAGGGGAGAAUAGAGUAACCGGGAGUCUCCCUGAUAUGUAUGGUCUGUUCUCUGCCCCAUAAGAGCAUAUCUUGUACUCUUCAGUCUCUGCCACACUUUUCCCGUGCCUAAAUUGCCCUCCCUGUCUACCUCUUCCCUUAGUGAAUUUCUAUCCUUCCUUUCUUUUCUUUUUUAGAGACAAUUGGUGUUAAGUGACUUGCCCAGGGUCACACAGAUAGUGUAUGUCUGAGGCUGGAUUUGAGCUCAAGUCUUUCUGACUUCAGGGCCAGUGCUCUAGCCAAUGUGCCACCUAGCUGCCCCCCUGCCCUUUCUUUAAAACUCAACUCAAAUACUGCUUUCUUCAGGAAGUCUUCCUAGAUCACCCUUCCCUCUUUGAUCUCACCAUUGUUUUCACCUCUCAAAUGCACUCUCUACCAUAUUGUAGUUGCCUUGUCAUGGCAUGGAGAUGACCCUGGAUUCUUAAAAGGUCAAGGUCAAGUUUACGUGGGUUGUGCUGAGCUUCAAGGACUCAGACUGACACUCCCUCCCUCCACGCCCCACCCAAACCAUUCAGUAAACUCCAGUGGUUCUCUAUCACCUCCAGCAUCAAAUACAAAAUCCUCUGUUAAACCCUCCAUAACCUGGCCUUCCCCAACCUUCGCAGUCUUCUUACCCCCCUUACUCCUUUCCGUGUAUCUGGAUAUCCGGUGACUCUGGCCCCCUUACCAUUCCUCCAACGAGAUGCUGUAUCUCCUGACUCCAUGUGUUUUCACUGGCUGUCACCCAAGACUGGCAUUCUCUCCCUCCUCAUCUCUACCUCCCAGCUUUCCUGGCUUCUAUAAAGUCUUGGUUACAACUCCCCCUUCUACAGAAAGCCUUUCCUGAUCCCCCUUAAUUCUAGUGCCUUUCCUCUGUUGAGCAAUCCCAACUGAUCCUGUAUAUGUUUUGUUUGAACAGCUUAUUUCCCCCAUUAGACUGUGACGUCCUUGAGGGCAGGCACUGGUGGUUUUUUUUUUUAGUGGGUUUUUUUGUGCCCUUUUUCUAUAUCCCCAAUUUUUAGCACAGUGCCUGGGACAUAAUAGAUGCUUAAUUAAUGCCUGUUGACUUUCUGAGUAGGAGUCCAGUGAUAGACAAUUCUUGCUUUCCAAGGACUUGUUUUCAGGUUAGUUUGGUGGUGGUUCAGGCUUGGGGUUGGAACAAAAUGAUAUAUUUAAAUUGAGACAAAAAUAAAUGAGACAUGUAAC